UUUGCAUUGCUAUUGCUUAGCUAUAUAUAUUGCUGUGCUCGUGCUGCAGCUGCAAUGUAAUAAGAAUAGGCUAAGGUUUAAGGUUAUUAUUGCUGUCAUUGUCAGUCAAUUCCAAUUGGUACUUGACUUUUCACUCUUGUCAGUUGUUGUGCAUCGUAAACAUGUCCAAAAUAUUUACACCAACUAAUCAAAUAAGAUUAACGAAUGUCGCUGUUGUCAGGAUGAAAAAAGGUGGCAAAAGAUUCGAGAUUGCCUGUUACAGAAAUAAGGUGGUCUCGUGGAGGAACAAUGUUGAGAAGGAUAUUGACGAAGUCCUGCAAACACACACAGUGUUUACAAAUGUCUCCAAAGGACAAGUUGCAAAAAAAGAAGACUUGAUGAAAGCUUUUGGAAAAGAAGAUCAAACCGAAAUUUGUAAGGAAAUUUUAGCUAAAGGUGAACUACAAGUUUCUGACAAGGAGCGGCAAACUCAAUUGGAUUCUUUAUUCAAAGAUAUCGCAACAACAGUUGCAGAUAAGUGUGUUAAUCCAGAAACAAAACGGCCAUAUCCUGUGUCAAUUAUUGAAAAAGCCUUGAGAGAUGUUCACUUUUCUGUCAAGCCCAAUAGGAAUGCCAAACAACAGGCUUUAGAUGUGAUCCCUCAAUUAAAAGCAACAAUGCCAUUGGAACGAGCACAAAUGAGGCUCAGAAUAGUAAUAUCUGGUAAAGAGGCUAGGAAGUUGAGGGACAAAGUUGUGAAACUAACUAGCAAAGUGGAGAAUGAGGAAUGGACUGAUGGCGAGUUGAAUCUGACUUGCCUGGCAGACCCAGGAAACUUCAGAGAAGUGGAUGAAAUAGUCCGAUCAGAAACUAAAGGACAAGGAAUUCUAGAAAUUCUUAACUUAAAAGAAGUCACAGAGGGUGAUGAGUUAUUAGAAUGAUCAUUAUUUUGCCUUAGUUUAUUUAUUAUUAUAUCCUAACUAUUUAUUUUGUAUUUCAGCUUUUCUUUUGUUAUUAAACAAGUAUUAACUGUU